AUGCCUAAAGUUAAGCGAGAAAAGAAACCAAAAUCACAAAAUGGCAUUGUAAAGCAAGGAAUAUUAUUCAAUAAAGACUUCGGUCAACAUAUAUUAAAAAAUCCUAUGGUUAUAACUUCAAUGUUAGAAAAAUCUGGACUUAGACCUACAGAUGUAGCCCUAGAAAUUGGUCCAGGUACUGGUAAUAUGACCGUUAAAUUAUUAGAACAAGUUAAAAAAGUAAUAGCUUGUGAAAUAGAUACGAGAUUAGUGGCAGAAUUGCAGAAAAGAGUUCAAGGCACUCCUUUACAAUCAAAACUACAAAUAAAAGUAGGAGAUGUUUUAAAAAGUGAGCUACCUUUUUUUGAUGUUUGUGUAGCUAAUAUUCCAUACCAGAUCUCAUCGCCAUUAGUAUUUAAACUUUUACUGCAUAGACCAUUUUUCAGAUGUGCUGUCCUUAUGUUUCAGCAAGAAUUUGCUCAAAGACUUGUGGCCAAGCCUGGUGACAAGUUGUAUUGUAGGUUGUCUGUAAAUACACAACUACUGGCUAGGGUAGACAUGUUAAUGAAGGUAGGUAAAAAUAAUUUUAGACCACCUCCAAAAGUGGAAUCUUCAGUGGUACGGAUAGAACCUCGAAAUCCACCACCUCCAAUAAAUUAUACAGAAUGGGAUGGUUUAACUAGGAUAGCUUUUACUAGAAAAAAUAAAACUUUGGGAGCUUCUUUUAGACAAACAUCAGUUUUGGCUACAUUAGAAAAGAAUUUUAAACUGCAUUGUAGUGUACAUAACAAAGAAUUGCCUUCAGAUUUUAUUAUAAAAGACAAAGUUGAAGAAAUAUUGACAAAAGUAGAGGCUGACCAAAAACGAGCGAGGACAAUGGAUAUUGAUGAUUUUAUUGUAUUAUUACAUGCAUUUAAUGCAGAAGGAAUACAUUUUUCAUAG